AUGGUCUCUUUUGUUUCUACCUUCUCACGCCCGGCUGUCUCCUCCCUCGCAAGGCGCGCUCUCGCUGCUGCCAAGCCUGCCUCCUCCUCCCGCUCCCUCUCUACCCUCGUCACCUCCUCGCAGUCGAUCCUCCUCGACGACACUGCCGAGCCGGCGCUCUGGCAGUGCUUGCCGGAGUGGUGCAAGGAGCACAAGAAGUACAACCAGGUCUUCGUUCUGGGAGAUUCGGUCAGUGAUUGCGAAGCAAAGAUCGAGAAGGGACGGCCAGCAAUACUUGGCAGCUUUGCCAGCAGCAUUGAGAAGAGGAGGAGGCGUUUUCUCAUCGCACGGGAUCCUUUCUGGGGAAAAUAA